UUUACACCACCUUGUAGACAACAAAUCCAACAUGGCUGCCACCGUUCGUAUUUGUUCGUGUGUAAGAAAUCUCAUGAAAGCAACCCCUUGUUUCCAAGGUGUCAGGUCUCAGAUUGGAACUAUUGCAAGAGUAAGAGUUUUUUCUACAAGUGAUGAAAUAGAAUCUAAUCCUUUUUACGAUAAAUACGCGGAAAGAAUCAAGAAAGUGAGGAAUGAGAUCAAAGAGGGCAGAAAAAAGGACAAAAGUAUGGAGGAGAAGUUUCGUGUUGACACAAAAGCUAAAGAGGAAGCUGAAAGAUUCAAGAAGAAAGUCCAGAAAAAGAGCUCACUUCUUGGAAGCAAUCCCUUGUCAUCCAGUGGAGAAAUGUCAACAUAUGGACAGAAGACAUUGAACUCCAUUAUGCAUCUGGAUAAGAUUAUGGACAAAAGUGCAGAUGAGAUUGGACAGAUCUGGAGAGAAUAUCACAGGGACAAGGACUGCAUCAGUGCUAUCAUCCCAAGCACUGUGUAUGACAGGAUGGAAGAGCGAUUUCUCAAGUUUCCACUGUUCCUCUAUCCUCUUCCAAGAGAACAGGGAUAUGAAUACGUGUAUUCCGAAUUCAAAGACCACAAGUGCUAUUUCACUUCUCUCCUUCAUUAUCAAACACGAGGCGAAAACGCACCCUGGUCUCUGGCUAUCAAACACUUUACAGACAUCAGAGAAAGUAAAGGAAUAGUGCUGAUGGUUGGAGAAAUUGACACAAAUGAAAUGAGCGUGUUGGAUGCUCAGUGGCUCGCCUACCAAGUUCAGAUGUACUACGCUUCGGAGAGUGACCGCAGAGAGGAAAUUCUCAAAACUUUUAACAUCUUCCCAGAUAAAUUCGAUCACAUGACAGUGGUCCGGGAACUGAACUCUGAAAUUGAAAGUGGGGUCACGAUAGGGACUCUCAAUGAAAAAAAAUGAGCGUUUGUUUGUCCAGAAUUACAGAAAGUCAAGAAGAAUAUUUCAACUCGAUGCAAGUUUUGUUCAUUUUAAGUCCGUUCUAAACUUGUACGAUUUUCACAACCUUUAAAAUACAUUAAAACUUU